CAUAACCCAACUCAAGUCAUAAUUGCUGCUCUUUAUUUACUCACUGCUUGACCUACUGAGUUUCGUACUUAUUGGCAAAAAACACAUUAGUUAAAUCUGUCAGGAUGUCCGAGGAGGCGGCUGCGCAUCACUUGUUGAAUGUGCUAGAAGAGAGGGAAUUGAAUGUGGACCUGGACAAAGUGCUCGCUGCAUUUGAGGAUGAAAACACGAAGAAAGAGGCGGCUGCAUGGGUCAAUGAAUACCUGAACGAAGAGACUCUAUUAACACGCGAGGAACUUGAAGUCUACAAGUUCAUGCAAAAGAAGGGACUCAUUUCUCGGCACAAUCUUGACAACGCCCCCAUCCGACCACUUUUAGACCAUGAACUAUCUUCUGCAAUCGAAUCCCUUGAGAUCUCAACCGCUGCCAUUGGAGAGCAAUGCAAAGUGCUCGAGGCCCAGGCUUCCGCUCUGAAGGCGCUUCAAGCCAUGGGUAAGCCAAACAUGAAGGUCGAGCAUGCCCGGAACGAACGGCGGAGAAAGGAGCAACAGGAGAAAGCGAGACUAGACAUCACCAUUGAGGAUGUGGUCACGAGCAUCAACGAACAGCUCGGCGAUGCACAACGAGACGUCGAAACAGAGAAGUCAGCGCUAGAUUCGUUCCUUGUGGAAAGACUUGCUUCCGACGACAAAAUCCUGACCGCUCUGCCUGGGAUCGUAUCUAAGAUUAUGGUGGAGCCAGAGGUCGAUGAGAACGAAAAAUUCGUCGACCAAUGGUGUAAAGCAAUAGUGUCGUUUCGAACGGCAGAGAUCAAAGCUAGAGUCGACAUCGCCUACAUGGAGGGCUUGAAGACUUUCUCCGAGGCUGAUGUGCCCGAGAUGUCCGAUGAGGAAGCGCGCGAACAGAAGACUGCACUGCAGGCUGAGUUGGAGACCCUCCACUCAGAGGUGGCCUCCGUUGCGGAGAUGGUUGUCGAACAUGAUCUGAGGAAGCCGAUCAUGGACGGCAUAGAGCGAAGAGACCGUGAUCAGAAGGAAGCAAGAGCUGCCUGGUUGGAUUAUGUCUUGUCAACAUUGGACUUCAUGGCGAAACGACUGGAUAUCGUUUCGAACCAUGCGAAGGAUGUGCACGAAUUUCAGCAUGCAUUUGCAUUGGUGCGCGAGGAGGCUGCAAAACGAAUGCCCGAACCAAUCGCAGAGACUCCGAAAUCGUCAAGGAAGCGCACAAUCUCACGGCCUUCAUUAGACUUUACACCAGCAGUGAAAUUCAAACCGGCAAAGAAUCUCGACUUACCACCGUCUGUUCAAGAUGCCCUACGUCAUGCUGGGGUGUCAUUCAGCCAGGACUCGCUCGAGGAACUCCAGGAGUCACUUUCUAGAACACUGAUCGAGCGACAAGAAAAGCUUGCCCAGCACUACGAAUCUGCCACCGUGACUGCGCACGACAAAUUGGCCGAGAGGUUCGAUAAAGCGGACGCUGAGCUAAGGGAUAUUCUCGACGCGGUGUACGCCGACACGAAGUUCAAGACAGUAAGGCUGACAGAUGAGCAAUUGGAGGCCGAGAUGAAGACUCUAGAGGAACAGUUGGAAGAGGGAGAGCAAAAAUUAUUGGUUGCAGAGACAGAGAGCUUGUCUAUGGAAGAUCCCAAGGUCAAGGCCUUUGUGGAAAAGUACGCGCGUUGAGCCCAUGAGCCAAUAUGCUGGGAUUUCCACAUUCCUCAGUCCACAUGUGUAUAUAUUGAGAAUGUCCACCCCCAAAAUAAAGCUCAAACCGCGAAAGGGCACAAUGACUUAUUUG